AUGCUACUCUAUGGAGUUAAUCCCAUAAGGUGCUCGAUCAUAUGCUCCAAAGACAAACCACUAGCCAGAAAUCCACCCACGUUAAUCACCGCCGCCCAAUCUCUAGCCGCCGCCGCCUUAUCAUCCGCGGCGGCCCUGGUGCUCUCCGCCGGAUCCAUCGAGGUGUCGGCCCCGGCGCCGCCGGACGAGACCCUGUCCAACAUACCGCAAACGCUCGACAGCGUCUGCACGCCCGAACGCGGCUGCAUGAAGAGGUACAAAAUCCAAAGGCCGAGAUCGAGGAAGGCCGAGGCCUGCACCGGAAAAUGCGUCACCACCUGCAUUCAGGGCGGCUACGGUUCCCCCGGCGAGGGCCCCUUCAAUAUUAGGAGGUAA